AAACAUGAGAUGAGCUGAAGUUUGAAGUCAUUAGGGAAAUAAGAACUGGUUUGAAAAGUAGCAGAAACUUAGAAGAUGAAAAUGAGAGUAAAUGUAAGCACAGUUAACGAAUCCCUGCAUAUUCCAAUGGAACUGGCACUGGACCGUCCUCCCUGGGUGGCUAAAGCACUGGCUGGUAUCCUCAUCUUUACUAUUGUGGUUGAUAUUUUGGGAAACCUCUUGGUGAUCCUUUCGGUAUUCAGAAAUAAAAAGCUAAGGAACGCAGGAAAUAUUUUUGUCGUCAGUCUGGCAGUUGCAGAUUUGGUUGUGGCAAUCUACCCAUAUCCCAUGGUGCUGACAUCAAUAUUUCACGAAGGAUGGAAUUUAGGAUACCUUCAUUGCCAGAUUAGUGGGUUCUUGAUGGGCAUAAGUGUCAUUGGAUCCAUAUUCAACAUUGCUGGUGUUGCAAUCAAUCGUUAUUGCUAUAUCUGCCACAGCCUCAAAUAUGACAAGUUGUACAGUGACAAGAACUCUUUGUUUUAUGUCAUUCUAAUAUGGGUGCUGACAUUCAUUGCAAUUGUGCCAAAUCUGUUUGUUGGAUCACUACAGUAUGACCCAAGGAUCUACUCAUGUACAUUUGCACAAUCUGUCAGCUCAGCGUACACCAUAGCAGUGGUGUUUUUCCAUUUCAUUCUGCCAAUAACCAUUGUAACCUUUUGCUAUUUACGUAUAUGGAUCUUAGUUAUUCAAGUAAGACGUAGAGUAAAGCCAGAUAACAAACCUAAAUUGAAACCCCAGGAUUUCAGGAACUUUGUAACAAUGUUUGUGGUAUUUGUAUUAUUUGCAAUUUGCUGGGCACCUUUGAACUUCAUAGGCCUUGCUGUUGCUGUGAAUCCAGACAGAAUUAUUCCAAGAGUUCCUGAAUGGCUAUUUGUUGGUAGUUACUACAUGGCAUAUUUCAACAGUUGCCUUAAUGCUAUAAUUUAUGGUCUUCUGAAUCAAAAUUUCAGGAGAGAAUACAAGAGGAUUGUUAUUUCCAUUUGUACAGCAAAACAUUUCUUUCAAGAAAGUUCUAAUGAAGCAAUAGAAAAAAAUAAAAGCAAACCUUCACCAAUGUUGACAAACAAUAAUCAAGUAAAAGUUGACUCUGUUUAAAAGCUGCAAGUGUUUCAUAAUACUGACACUUAUACUGACUCAUGCACCAACAUACUGACACAUACACCAACGCACACUUGACACAAGGUCCAACACACACACACUGACAAGUGCAUCAAAACACACACUGACACAUAUUAGCACGCAAACACCAACACGCACCUGACAUAGAGACCAUCAUACACAUAGUGGAACACACACACUGACACGCAUCAACACACUGACACAAGCAGCAAUACACACAUUGACACAUAUACCAGCUCACACACUGACACACAAACAAACACACACUGGAACACACAUCAGCACACACACACUACACAUGCACCAGCACACAGACUAACAUGUGCCAACACAUACAUACAUACAAGUGUCAGUACACACACUGACACACAUACCAGCAAACACUCCAGCAGAUACACAUACCAGCACACACAAAAUACAUACACAUAUACACAAACAACUAAAAAACAAAAAAAACUACUUCACACCAAUAGAAUGUAAUAAGCAUAAUGCUGGUUUCAUAAAUAAAAAAGCCAUGAGUAUUAAAUAUAAACAUACUACAAAUCUACCUUUACCUACUCUUGCGUACAAUACAGUUUAAUGUUUAGUAGUAGAACAUUUUAAAAAAAUUACUUUCAACUAACUUUUGAAUGAAUUUGUAUACUUUAUACUUUAGUAUAUAUGCCAUUUCUCAAAAUAAAUAAAUAAACUAAGAGUGAUCCAAAACUUGACACUCAAUGGACCUAAGUGUUUCAGAUGAUUGUUGAAAUGUAAUAAAUAUGUAGACAUAUUUUUUUUCCCACAGAGGCCUGAAUCACUUAUAACUUUACAAAGACUUUGCACUUUACCUGUUUGGGUAUAUUUUACAUAAAUACUUGAAGAAUGAAGUAAGAUUUUGGCAGCUAUGGUAUUCAGUAACCUAAAACCACCUUCAACAUACUGUAGGUGCUUAGGACUUAUCAAAAGCAUUUUAAACCAGUAGAUUGCAUGCCACUACAUUGCCAAGGAUCUUGAGAAUAAACUUUGUUUACAUUUAUUGUUAGUUCUCAGAAACACUGUGUGAAUAUUCUUGAAUCAUUUUGUAUUAUGCUACAAUCAGAGACAAUGGACAUACUCACUAUUAUUGCUUUUAAAUAUUUUUCUUCUUUGUGAUGUUAUCUGUUAUUAUAUAUAUAUAUAUGAAAAAAGUAUUAUUCUAAAGCAGUGUUAAAUUAGUGGAUUUCAUGUUCAGGUUUAAUUUCUUUACUUAAAAAAUUGUCAAAUUGUGACAGGCAUAUAACAAUUUAGUUGCCUUUAUAUUCAACAUUUUUGCUAAAUAUAGCAUCACAUGUACUUGAUACCAUGAUACUGGUUUGAAUAAAUAUAUUAAAAAACAUUUUAAUUUAUUUUUGAGAGAAUUCAAGAAUCCAUUUGUUCUCAAAUGCUAUUAUGUAUUUCAGAAUGCGAAUGUGCAAUAAACUGCUACAUCAUGUAACAUA